UUGUUGGAUUUGGAAGGUCGUGAAAGCUAAAUUGUAAACAGAUACGGUAUGUACAUUAUACAUCAAGUUGAGGUCCUUUAGUAUUUGGUGCAAAUUAAGAACUUGAAGAGAUGUUAUGGAGAAGUCCUUUGGUGACAAUGUGCCGAUGAGUUUGUAUUUUGUUUCUGAAUUUGGGAUUGUCUUCAAGGAAGAAUUAGAGCUUGAAAGACCAGAAAGUGUUUGUUGUUAUGCCUUAGUCGAGUACAACUUUUGAGACCAUGACUAGUGAGGUUCGUGGUACUUCUGGCCCUCAGUUCCGCAAAGAUGCAACAAAUCAUGUGUUAAGUGACAGAAGUUGUGCAGAUAGAGAUGAAGACAAUAUUUGUGUACAGACGGGCGAGGAAUUCUCAACAGAGUUUCUGCAGGAUCGUAUAGCACAAAGAAGAUUAGCCCCAGUAGUGACCGGUAAUGUUGAUCAGCACCAGUCGAAAAGAGUGGGAUUUAAUUUAGCUCAAAACAAUUCAUUUGUUAGUGAGGAUGUAAAUGGGGUUCCUGGAUUAAGGAGAUUAGAUUCUGAUGGAAGUGCAGAAUUAUCAGACUUUGUUACAGCUGGUACAGGUUAUGUGCCUGACUUAUAGAAGAAUGUUUUCCCCAGUAGUAAUAUCAGCAGACACAAUGGUGGUCUCCGAAGACAACUAUCGGGUAAGCUUGUGGAUGAAGUUAAUCGGUUAACUCCUAGAUCAAAUACUCCACCUCUUUAUGUUGGUGAGUCCCCUCAGUCAUAUAGUCCAUAUGGUCAAAAUGAAGGCUCUUUCUCUUUCAAAAUGAAGUUCCUCUGCAGUUUUGGGGGAAGAAUAUUACCUAGGCCAAAUGAUGGGAAGCUCAGAUAUGUUGGUGGAGACACACGGAUUUUAUCUAUUCACAAAGGCACCUAUUUGGAGGAACUAAUGAAGAAGACAUUGGCAAUUUGUAAUCACCCCCACAUCAUCAAGUACCAACUUCCAGGUGAGGAUCUUGAUGCACUUGUAUCUGUUUGUUCUGAUGAGGACCUCCAUCCUAUGAUAGAGGAAUAUCACGAGCUGGAAAGAAAGGGUUCUCAAAGAUUGCGGCUCUUUCUCGUACCUUCAAAUGAAUCAGAGAGCCCUAGUUCUAUUGAAGGCAGGGUCACACAUCCAAUAGGACCUGAUUGUCAAUUUGUAUUUGCUGUCAAUGGCAUGCUAGACAGAAGUCCUCGGAAAAGCUCCAGCGGUCAGAGCACGACAAGUCAGACUAGUCACUUUGGGAAUGCCUCAGAUUAUAGUCCAAAUUUUCUUAGAGAAACUUCCACAUCUGCUUUUAACUUAGAGAACAAGGAUGUUAGUCUAAGUUCCUCAAAUCUGUCAGGGACAAGUACUAAACAUUCACCAGUUAUUAGGUACUCUUCAGAUCCCCCAGAGGCUUUUAUACUAUCCCCUCCACUAUCUCCUGUUCAACUUCAACAUAGGGAACGCAAAAACUCUAAUCUGCAGCUACAUAUGGAUCAACCAUAUUGUCAUGGUAAUGGAGGCACUGCUCUCUCUGAUAUUGAUGCUGUGGGGUAUAUCAAUAAUAUAGAUCAUGGUUCUACAUUGAUGAAUUACCAUCAGCAUAGCAAAAAUUUAGCUGAGAGUGGGCUGACCAAAAAGUCCCCCAACAUGCCCUCCCUCAAUCGUAGCGUAAGUGAAGAUUUUGUGCCUUCUGUCCAGUAUGAUCAGAGUGCCAUUAACUUUGGGAGACACAUGCCUCUUAAUCCUGACAAGUAUGUUUAUCAUCCAAAAGAUCUAGUAGAGUUAUUAUUACAGAAUGGUAAUGUAGAUGCUUCCCAUCAGAAAAUGAUGCAUGCACUUUCUGACUCUCGUUUGCAUGAACAUCUUGAGAGGUCCUUGGAAGGAGAAAAUGCCUCAGUGUCAUUGAAUAUCAACAGAGUGAAAUCACCUCCACUAGGGAUGCCAAGUCCCUCGCAAGCACGGGAGGGUGAGAUGGUUGACGAGAAAAACAAAAUGGCUGCAUAUAGUAAUCAAGUCAAUAUCAACACGCCUCACCAUUGCAAGGAGGAAGAAGGUCUAGAGGUGUUCAAGCGUUACACCAAUAACAGUUCUUCUGAUAAAUUAUGGAAGAACUUCGAAGGAAAUGUUGAAGGUACUUCAAAUUUUGUCAUGGAAUUUAAGAACUUACCAAGUUUUAACAACCUUAAAGAUGUAGUGGACCCCCAAGAUUACAAACUAGACACAAUUUCUCAGUAUUCUCAUAGGAAUCAAAAUAGAACAAAUGAUAAGCAGUGUACUACAACUAGUAGUGGUCAAUCAAUUAUGCAGCCCCGAGGACUAUCAACUGUUGCAUCUCAAGAAUUCUUAGUCUCAGGCCCUGUAAAAAAUCACUGCAAGUUCUGCUUCAGAAGUGGAGAAUAUUCUCUGCAAGAAAAUUUUUCUGAGUAUGUGGUUGAAAAGGUGGGCAGACACUCUUUUGAGGAUCAGAAAUGUGAAGAUGUUCACCCUGUUCAGUCUCAGCCCUUAGACAAUCAUAAUGACAAGAAGGUGACAAAAGCAGUGGUAAUUGUUGAAGACUUGACUAAUAGUACACCAGCUGGAAUUCCUUCUUCUAAAGCAGUUUAUUGUAUCUCCCAUAUAGAAGAUGUGACAAGUGAUGAAUGGUCAUCACCUACCGAGACGGAGAUAAGUGAAGCUGCAGAGUCUGAGGGAAAGGGUGUGACUGCAGAUGGCAAACGUAGGCAUGAAACUAUUAGUGAUGCUGCAAUAGCUGAAAUGGAAGCAGGCAUCUAUGGUUUGCAGAUCAUAAAAAAUGCUGAUCUUGAAGAACUGCAAGAAUUAGGAUCUGGUACAUUCGGAACUGUCUACCAUGGGAAGUGGAGAGGAACAGAUGUUGCUAUUAAGAGAAUAAAAAAGAGUUGUUUUUCUGACAGAUCAUCAGAGCAAGAGCGACUGACUAAAGACUUUUGGAGAGAGGCAAAGAUUCUUUCCACCCUUCACCAUCCAAAUGUACUAGCGUUUUACGGAGUAGUACCUGAUGCCCCUGGAGGAACAUUGGCAACUGUAGCAGAAUUUAUGGUGAAUGGAUCAUUGAGGCAUGUCUUGGUUAAGAAGGACAGAGUACUUGACUGCCGAAAGAGGCUCAUAAUCUUGAUGGACACUGCUUUUGGCAUGGAAUAUCUGCAUUUGAAAAAUAUUGUUCACUUUGAUUUGAAGUGCGACAAUUUGCUUGUCAAUCUGAGGGAUCCUGAAAGAUCCAUAUGCCACGUUGCUGAUUUUGGUCUGUCAAGAAUUAAACGCAACACAUUAGUAUCUGGUGGUGUGCGAGGAACCCUUCCAUGGAUGGCACCAGAAUUAUUGAAUGGUAGCAGUAGCCGUGUCUCUGAGAAGGUCGAUGCGUUUUCGUUUGGUAUUGUAAUGUGGGAGAUCUUGACUGGAGAGGAACCGUAUGCCAACAUGCAUUGUGGUGCUAUCAUAGGGGGAAUUGUAAAUAAUACACUCAGGCCUCCUAUUCCAAAGCGCUGCGACCCGGAGUGGAAAAUGUUAAUGGAAGAGUGCUGGUCGCCGGAUCCUGCAGAUCGGCCAUCAUUCACAGAUAUAACACAUAGGCUACGUGAUAUGUCAACAGCCCUGCAGAAGAAGCGGUCUAAUGUUGCAAUUGCAAGUAGAUGAAACUCAACAU